GGUCACCAAGACCUUGUUUACGAAGUGUCAAAUAAAUCUAGGUUCCCAUACCAGCGCCAAUUUAACGGACUAUUUUAAAAUUGCUCAUUUCCCUCUCGGUCACAAUCGAAUUAACCAAUUUAAGUUGAAAAAAGUGCUGAACUUUGCCAUGGCAAGUCAAACGCAAGGUAUACAGCAGCUUCUUGUCGCCGAAAAAAGGGCAGCUGAAAAAGUCAGUGCCGCAAGAAAACGAAAACUGAAGCGAAUCAAGCAAGCCAGGGAAGAAGCAAAUCAUGAAAUAAACGCUUAUCGACAAGAAAGAGAACGUCAAUUUCGAGAGUUUGAAACCAAACACUUGGGUUCAAAAGGAGAUAUUGCUCAGAAGAUUGACAAAGAGACGGAUCAACGUUUGGAACAAAUGGCCGAUGAUGUUGCUAACAACAGGAAAAAGGUGGUUGAUGAACUUAUCGGUUUAGUUUGUGACAUUAAUCCAGAAAUCCACCAAAAUUUCGCCCUGCUCAACUAUUACAAUAAGAUAUAGUUUGGGCCUAACUCGAAAAAUUGAAACAUUUGAAAGCCAAAUAUGUAUCAUUUGUCAGUGUUGUUUUAGAUAUUUCUUUAUAAUAUUAUUAUCGCAUUCAUUAUUUCUCAACUCUUUUAUAAAGAAUAAAGUAUCAGACUCAUUGUAA